CGCGAGCUGCGUUUCCGCUUCUGAACCGUGGCACUGAGGCCAUGGGUAGCCAAGAGGUGCUGGGCCAGGCAGCCCGGCUGGCCUCCUCAGGUCUCCUGCUGCAGGUAUUGUUUCGAUUAAUCACCUUUGUCUUGAAUGCAUUUAUCCUUCGCUUCCUGUCAAAGGAGAUCGUGGGCAUAGUGAAUGUCAGACUAACCCUGCUUUACUCAACAACCGUCUUCCUGGCCAGGGAGGCCUUCCGGAGAGCCUGUCUGAGUGGGGGUGCCCAGCGGGACUGGAGUCAGACCCUCAACCUCUUGUGGCUAACUGUCCCUCUGGGUGUAUUUUGGUCCUUACUCUUGGGCUGGGUCUGGUUGCAGUUGCUUGAAGUGCCUGAUCCAAAUGUGGUCCCCUACUAUGGAGCUGGAGUGGUGUUCUUUGGUCUCUCAGCAGUGGUGGAACUUCUGGGAGAGCCUUUCUGGGUCUUGGCACAAGCACAUAUGUUUGUUAAGCUCAAGGUGCUUGCUGAGAGCAUGUCAGUUAUCCUCCGGAGUAUCCUGACAGCUUUUCUGGUGCUGUGGUUGCCUCACUGGGGUCUAUACAUUUUCUCUCUGGCUCAGCUUUUCUAUACCGCUGUUCUGAUGCUCUGCUAUGUGAUUUAUUUAAUAAAAUUACUGCGUUCCCCAGAAUCAACCAAGCAACUGACUCUUCCUGUCUCCAAAAUAACACAACUAUUACCCAGUAUUACAAGAAGCAGAGCGUUUGUCAAUUGGAAAGAGGCUAAAUUGACUUGGAGUUUUUUCAAACAGUCUUUCUUGAAGCAGAUUUUGACAGAAGGCGAGCGAUAUGUGAUGACAUUUUUGAAUGUAUUAAACUUUGGCGAUCAGGGUGUGUAUGAUAUAGUGAAUAAUCUGGGGUCUCUUGUGGCUAGGCUGAUUUUCCAGCCAAUAGAGGAGAGUUUUUAUAUCUUCUUUGCUAAGGUGCUAGAGAGGGAAAAGGAUGCCAUACACCAGAAGCAGGAGGAUGUUGCUGUGGCUGCUGCGGUUUUGGAGUCCCUCCUCAAGCUGGCCUUGCUAACUGGCCUGACCAUUACUGUUUUUGGCUUUGCCUAUUCUCAACUAGCUCUGGACAUCUAUGGAGGAGCCAUGCUUAGUUCAGGAUCAGGUCCUGUGUUGAUGCGUUCCUAUUGCCUCUAUGUCCUCCUGCUUGCAAUCAAUGGUGUGACCGAGUGUUUCACAUUUGCUGCCAUGAGCAAGGAGGAGGUUGACAGGUACAACUUCACCAUGCUGGCACUGUCCUCCUCGUUUUUGGUCUUAUCCUACCUCCUGACCAGCUGGUGUGGCAGUGUGGGCUUCAUCUUGGCCAACUGCUUUAACAUGGGCAUUCGGAUCGCACAGAGCCUGUACUUCAUCCAUCACUACUUCCAGAGGAGCCCCCACAGGCCCCUGGCUGGCCUGCACCUGUCACCAGCUCUCCUCGGGGUGUUCGCCCUCAGUGGUGGGAUUACUAGUGUUUCAGAGGCAUUCCUCUGCUGUGAGCAGGGCUGGCCUGCUAGGUUGGCACACAUUGCUGUGGGGACCAUCUGCUUAGGAGUGACCCUUGGGACAGCAUUCUUCACAGAGACCAAGCUGAUCCACUUUCUCAGGACUCAGUUGAGUAGAUCCAGACUCAGUGACAAAAUGAUAUGACUUUGAUGAUGCUUUGACACUUGAACCCUGUCACCGAAUGCCCACUUAAUCCCAAACUUAAAAUGUGGUCCUUGGACCACCUUCCUCGGAGUCUUCUGGAUUGCAGGAUCUUCAGGAAUGGAGGUUCCUGGGCUCUACUCUACACCUUCAGAAUCUGUUUGGGGGAAGAGCUCAGGGAUGAGCUUUUCAGCAAGCCCACAUGACUAUGAUGCUGCCAAGCUCAGUCCAGCCUCCUUCAUUGCAGGCCAGGACUGGUCAUGUCCACACCCACAGUAUCUGUUUUCUGCAGCCUGUGACUUCCGUGUCUAUGGGAGCAGGACCACAAGAUCCUUACACCCAGGUAGAGAGAGGCUUUGCAGAUGGCUACAGGCUCCUUCUCUCAGUUUGCCUCUCCCCAUACUGUCCACCAAAUGCUCCUGUGACAGCCCAUUCUGUUAAAAGACGGCCAGCUGGACAGCAGCUCAGGGCUCCUUCCCAUGCCCCACCUUCUUGUUUCUAGAAGUCACCAUGCACUUUCUCAUUGCCAAUACCUGCCUUCUCCGCUGCCAGCAUUUUGGACCAGGCCCUCCACAGUUUGCAACCUCUUGGUCAGCUCUCUGAAGCCCAGUGCAAACAGCCAUAGCCUCCAACACUUACACUGGAUUGCAUCCACAGUGGGCGGGCUGCCUCACUUUACCCAAGAAGGAUUUUGAGGAGUCUCACUCCUUUAGCUUUCCUGCUUAAAGUGAGCUGAGGCUUCUCCAUGGAAACGUCUCAAAGCUACUCUGCUUUAUAAAAGGAGGAUGACUCUGGUGGUGAGAAUGACUCAUGGCCUUGUGUGCUCCUCUGGCCACAUACAAGUAUUGGUCACUUCAGACUUGGCCUGGGCUCACUCAGUGAGGAGCACUGCUGUGCUACCUAGUGCUCCUGUCACAGAGACUCCUGGCUUCUGUUCUGUGACUUUCCACCCUUCCCUUCUGCCCCCUGCCUAAUCAUAUGUGAAUGAGUGAUGCUAUUUCAUGUGAAUCUCAUGGUUUAAAACAGAAUAAAUAUUUUUCACAUUC